ACGUAAGGACGUGCUUGCGUCGGGGGCGGGGCCUGGAGUCCCAGCCAUUCGCCAACGGAACCAGGACCUGCCGGUGUCCUUACCGGGCCCGCGGACCUGACAGUGGACAGGCGCGUGCCCAGAAGCCGCUGGCGGACUCGCCCAGGGACCAUGGCUACAGCGCUCCUAGUAGCUUCGGCACGCGCUGUGCGCCGGUCCAGUUGGCUUAUGGAAACAUUGCAGACACAGAUUAGAGGCAACCACCAGCGAGCUUCGUUGUUGUCUUUCUGGGAGCUCGUUCCCAUGAGAGGAGAACCUUUGAAGAAGAAAAAGAAGGUAGAUCCUAGGAAAGAACAAGCAGUAAAGGACCGUUUGAAAAAGAGGAUCCGAAGAUUGGAAAAAGCUACCCAGGAACUAAUUCCCAUUGAAGAUUUUAUUACCCCUGUGAGGUUCUUGGAUAAAGAGAGACAGCGGCCUCAGGUGGAGCUCCCCUUUGAGGAGAGUGAGCGGAGAGCUCUGCUUCUGAAGAAGUGGUCCCUGUAUAAGCAGCAAGAAAAUGAGAUGGAGAGGGACACCAUCAAGUCCAUGCUUAAGGCCCAGCAGGAAGCUUUGCAGGAGCUGCAACUCCUAUCUCCAGAGCUCCAUGCGGAGGCCACCAAGCGAGAUCCCAACCUGUUCCCCUUUGAGAAGGAAGGGCCGGAUUAUACACCACCAAUCUCCAAUUACGAGGCCCCUGAAGGCAGGUACCAUGACGUUACCAAGGUGUACACACAGAUGGAAUUCAAAAGAUAGCACUGAAGGUAGAUGUUCAAAGACCUGAUUGCUUAUGAAAGCCAGGAUGACCUGAGUUCAGGCAUGUUGUGAAUAAAUGUACAUCUAAUCAA